AUGCAGCUCACCAGCUUCAUCAUCGUGCUGCUGAUGGUCUCCGCCGUGGCUUCGGUGCUGGUGAACGCCACUGGGCCCAAGGCAGCGGACCCGUUGUCCUACACCACAGGCGGCAUCAUCGUGCUGAUCAACGCGGGCAUUGCGGCGUGGACGGAGCACAAGGCCGGCGAUGCGUUGGAAGCGUUGUCCAAGAUGACGCAGGCCGCCAUCUAUGUGAUGCGCGAUGGGAAGGAGGUGCAGGUCGCGGUGCCCACCGUGGUGUGUGGCGACGUGGUGGUGCUGGGCACGGGCGACGUGGUGCCGGCGGAUGUGCGGCUCUUUGAGGCUAAGGACUUCAAGGUGAGCGAGAUGGCGCUCACAGGAGAGCCGGACGACGUGGCCAAGACUGCCAGGGUGAAGGAAAAGAAGGAGGGCCAGCCUGAGAAGCUCACCCCGGAGACCAUGGCCUUCUCGGGCUGCAGCAUCACCAGCGGCACGGGCAUGGGCCUGGUGGUGGACACCGGGAUGAGCACCCGCAUCGGGCGCAUCGCCCAGCUGAUCAACGGGGAUGGCGGCGCGGGCAAGACGACCUGCUUCUGCUUCCCGGACACCUCAGCCAACCAGACGCCCCUGCAGCAGAACCUGAACAAGCUAGGUGCCCGGAUUGGCAUUCUGGCGAUCGUCAUUUGUGUGGGAAUCUUCAUUAUCGGCUGGGUCACCGAUCGCAAAGACCCCAGCAACCCUGAGAGCGCUGCCUGGCUCUACAUGAUCCUCGUCUCGGUGACUUUGGCCGUGGCAGCCAUCCCAGAGGGCAUCCCCCUCUGCGUGACCAUCUCUCUGUCUUUGGGCUGCAAGGAUGUCCACAAGGAGGUCCUGGUGCGGAAGCUGGCGGCGGUGGAGACCUUGGGCUCCGCCUCGGUGAUCUGCAGCGACAAGACGGGCACGCUGACCGAAGGAAAGAUGACCAUGGUGGGCAUGUACGCGGGCGGCGUCACCUACGAAGUCACGGGCAAGGGCUUCGACCCCGAGGUGGGUCAAGUGCUGCGUGAGGGUGGCGCAAACGGCGCCGGAGACAUGGGUGUGAAGAGCAACCUGUUGACGGCCAUCCUUUGCUGCAACACGACCCUCAGCAAGGAGAAGGACGAGGAUGGAGUGAUGAAGUGGAAGCCCAAGGGCAACUCCUCGGAGGCGCCGAUCGUGGUGGCGGCGCGGAAGGUGGGGCUUUCGGAGACCAUCGCCAGCGAGUACCCCCGGGUGCUGGAGGUGCCCUUCUCAUCCUCCCGGAAGAUGAUGCUCACGGUCUCCAGGGUCUCCGGCACUGAGCUCUGCAAGGGAGGCAUGCCCUUGGCCGCAGGAACCAACUACCUGACAGUGUGCAAGGGGGCGCCGAACUAUAUCAUCGACCUCUGCAGCGAGCAGCUCAAGGAGGAUGGCAGCGUGGCUAAGCUCACGGAGGAGAACAAGGCGGAGAUUCUGAAGAUCGUGGAUGGCUACUCGGCGCGGGCGCUUCGUGUGCUGGCCAUCGCGGCACGGCCCAUGAAGUCCCUUCCGUACGAUGAGAGCAACGAGGACGUCACCACGGACCAGAAGUUCGAGGCCUGCCGCAAGCAGUUGCGCCUCAUCGGCCUGGUGGCCUCCAUUGACCCUGAGCGCGACGGGGUGCCGGAGUCCGUGUUGGCCGCCCGUGGGGCGGGCAUCCGCGUGGUGAUGAUCACCGGGGACUACCUGUUGACGGCCAUCGCCAUCGCCAAGAACGUGAACAUCCUGCAGGCCUCCGAUGACGUGGAGACCUCCGCCAUGGACUGCGCGGUGCUGCGGCCCAACAACGAGUACCUCUCCGACCAGGAGAUGGACAAUGUCACGCGCUGCACCCGCGUCUUCGCGCGCGCCAAGCCGGAGGACAAGCUGGAGAUUGUGAAGAGCAUCCAACGACAAGGCCAAGUGGCCGCCAUGACUGGGGACGGAGUGAACGACGCGCCGGCGCUGAACCAGGCGGACAUCGGGGUGGCCAUGGGCAUCCAGGGCACGGAGGUGGCGAAGGGCGCCUCAGACAUGAUCCUCACGGACGAUAACUUCUGCUCCAUCGUGGCAGCGGUUGAAAAGGGCCGCGCCAUCUACGCGGGGAUCCAGAAGUUUGUGGCCUUCAUCAUGUCCGUGCACAUUGCGGAGGUUAUGCAGAUCUUCCUUUGCAUCGUGGUCGGCAUCCCGGUGAUGCGCACACCUCUGCAGAUCCUGUUCUUGAUCCUCGUCACUGAUUUGCCCCCCUCCAUCGCCCUGGGUAUGGAGCCAGGCGAGGCCAACAUCUUGAAGAUGCGCCCACGGCCUAAGGAGAGGAGCCCAUCGUGCUGA